UCUCGCUCGCGGCAGUAAACAUGGCGCUCGGUUAGCGAAACUGCCGUGUGCAUUCAGUCCUAGGAGGUUUAGAUUUCUCUUCCAGGACUUAUACGAUACGCCUUGCUUUGCUUUGGGCAUAUAGAGGUGUGUGUGGUGGGCGCUGUGCCCUGAGAGUUUUUACUGAAUCAAAGGGUGAAGGAGACACACCGUCACAAUGGGGCGACGCUCAACCUCCUCCACCAAGAGUGGGAAGUUUAUGAACCCCACCGACCAGGCCAGAAAGGAGGCCAGAAAAAGGGAGUUGAAAAAGAACAAGAAGCAGAGAAUGAUGGUGAGAGCAGCGGUGCUGAAGAUGAAGGAUCCAAGACAGAUCAUCAGAGAUAUGGAGAAGCUGGAUGAGAUGGAGUUCAACCCAGUUCAGCAGCCCUUGCUGAAUGAGAAGGUGUUGAGGGACAAGAGGAAGAAGUUGCGUGAGACAUUUGAACGCAUUGUCCGUCUGUACGAGAGAGAGAAUCCUGAAACCUACAAGGAACUACGCAAACUGGAAUUGGACUAUGAGACCAAACGAGGGCAGCUGGCUCUUUAUUUUGACUCAGUCAAGAAUGCAGAGUCAGUGGAGGUUGACAGUAUCCCUCUACCAGACAUGCCUCAUGCCCCAUCCAGUAUCCACAUCCAAGACAUCCCACUUCCAGGAGCUCAGCCUCCCUCCAUAUUGAAAAAGAGCUCCACUUUUGGUAAAGGACCUUCAUCAUCCUCUGGACCGGUGUUGGUAACAGUCCCAGGUGUCCCACGGUUACCACCAGGAAAGAAGCCCCCUGGGCCCCCACCUGGCCCCCCACCUCCACAAGUCCUGGCACUGUAUGGUAUUCCUGCUCGACGAAGUUAUGGCACAGACACAGAGCCUUCCAUUCCGGGGUUAGAAAAGGACUCUGCAAUGGAUUUGGGGAGAGAUCGGGACAGCGGGAGUGAGAGCGACAGAGAUCGGGAUGAUCUUGAUGACGACAGCGACUCUGAAGAGAUCAGUGAAGAUGAGAGAGACGAAGGGGGAGAUUGUGACCAGAGAGUGCGCAUGGACAGGCAAGAUGAUGAGAGAGAAAGAGAGGAAGAUAGAGACAGAAAUGAAAGGCAUGCUGGUCGUAGUGUACAUUUCGCGGAUAUGCCUGCAGAGGCACCCCGUGAAGGAAAAAGGAAGAAAAAGAGGGUGGUAAAGAAGACCAAGGCCAUUACCCCUCUGCAAGCCAUGAUGUUAAGGAUGGCAGGUCAGUCAGUUCCUGAAGAGGAGGAAGAAGAGGAGGUAGAGGAAGAAUACACAGAUGAGUCAGACAGCUCUGACAUCGAGGACAGAGGACCGCCAGGGGACAACCAGUCCCAUCUUAUGGCCAAUCAGCGCCUGCCCCCUCCUGCUGGGCCUACAGGACAGCAAGGGCCUCCACACUUGCAGGGCCCACCAAUGACUGGUCCUCCACCACUGGGUCCACCUCCAGCACCCCCAAUGAGGCCUCCUGGUCCACCCUCUGGUCCUCCACCUGGCCCACCACCAGGUGCUCCUCCAUUCUUGAGGCCUCCUGGCAUGCCUGCAGGGAUGAGGGCUCCAAUGCCUCGGCUUCUGCCUCCUGGCCCUCCACCGGGUCGACCACCUGGUCCUCCUCCGGGCCCCCCUCCUGGCCUGCCACCGGGCCCUCCACCACGUGGACCCCCUCCCAGGCUACCACCCCCAGCACCACCAGGUAUCCCUCCUCCUCCCCCAAGAGCAGGCGGGCCCCCACGUCCGCUUGCCCCACCACUCACUCUCUUUCCUCCACCUCUCAAUUCCAAUGUGCUCAGUGCUCCUCCAAACAUUGUUCAGCGGCAGAAAGGCCCAGGAUCAAGCCAGGAUGGUUCACAGACCAACCUGCAACCCCCUACCAUGCCCAUGCGACCUGGUGUCAUGCAGAUGCCCCCUCCGCCUGGGACAGCUGCCGCCUCCACGGGCACCAAUCCUGGCAGCAAUCCCCCCAGCCACCACCACGCAGCCACCAUUGAAAAACGUGCAAACAUCACCUCUGUUGCAGCUGCUGGAGGCAACCUUGCAGCAGGUGCUGGCGCUGGCGGGGCCACCAUCUCUGCCAAACCUCAAAUUAUUAAUCCCAAGGCGGAGGUCACCCGCUUUGUGCCCACGGCACUGAGAGUGCGUAGGGACAAGGCUGGAGCAGUGCCAGGAGCUGCACCUGGGCCCCUGGAGAAAGCAGGGGGUUCUGUUGGAGGAAGGAGGGGAGAUGAAGGUGUGGGAGGAGGCCAGUGGCAGAAACAGCACACCACAACAGCUUCUAUGGGUGUGGCCAAUCCAGCCCAGAUGGGUGCUGUGCCUCAGCCUAGCAUGAAGACUAAAGACCAGGUGUAUGAAGCCUUUAUGCGGGAAAUGGAGGGACUCCUUUAAGACUCAGGAGCAUAUUGUGGAUAGUGAUGAUCAGCGGGGCAAGCUGAACAACGGCAGUGUGUUUGUUUAGUGCUAUCUGUGCAGAGUUAUAGAAGUAGCUGUCUUCAGGGCUUUUUCGUUCACCAACCAGCAAAAGUCCACUUCACCUGCAGCACUGUUCUCAGCAGGCUCAUCUUCAUUUGAUCUGGGUUAAGUUUUUGUUGCAUCAACAAGAAUGAAUUCCAAAAGAAGUCAGUUUUUCAUUUCGCUGGGCAACUCAUACUUCAUGAGAAGAACACUAUGCUCUGCACAGAAGGGCUUUUUGUCAUUGUUUUUUUUUUUUAACCCUGUAAUUUUUCCUCUAGCCAGCUGUUUGCCACAUAAAAGCAAUCUUGUAUGACUUUUUUUUGUUAUUAGUAUUGGUGAUCUCCUAACAUCAAAAUAAAGUUGUAGAAUGUGUUCCAACCACUGACAAAGUACAUGUGUAAAACUGUUUGAUCUGCAGCCCAAUAAAUACUCAGAAAGCUGUUUUAA